CUCCGCUACUCAGUAUAGCGUGCGAAGUUGCUGGAAGAAGGUCGUCAAGUUCAGAUCAACUGAUCAACGUCGAUCAUACACAAGCAAGUGUUGGUUGGUGCAUCGCGAUUGUGUUCCCUCUCUCUCUCUUUCUCUCGCUCGCUCGCUCGUUCGUUCUUUUCACUCGAGUUGUGGCAACCUGGCUGAGUACUUUUCAGCAUUGUGAGACGGUUUGGUCACAGCUCACUUGAACUGGGUGAGACGAAUUCUAUUCGCAACAUUGAAUGGUACCAAGUGAAACAGUGCAAGUUGCGAUUUAGUCGACGUGGUGUUACAUGAAAACAGCAAUACCUGUUAAUAAAAGGUAUUGCUCUAAUAGGUUGCUGCAAUAAACACGCGGGAAGUGUGAUUGCACACGAAGACAAUUAUACGUUACAUAGGUUUCAACGUGUAAUUGUAUGCUCGUGUGCAAAGCUGAUCCUGUGUCUGGAGCGUUCGAAUUGGGGAAACCCCUUUGAUCUAAAUCUCGAUUCCCAUGCGCCCGGGGGCGAUUGUUGUUGGGGUGAGAAUUGGAAAAAACACCUGUUGGUUUGCCGGAGAAUGAAAUAACCAUAACAACGACGAUAAAACAAGUGCGUUUCAUGUGAGUGCAAUAUCUGUGAAGAAACGUGGUAACAUCGCGGAAAGUUCAUUCAUUGCAGCAGUGAAGUGUGUUGUGAACAGUGGUGAAAGAUGCGAAAUGUCUGGAUUGUGGUGGCCAGCGCAUUGCUGGCGUUUGCCAACUUCGUCAAAUCGCAAGAGACCUCUCGAACCCUGUACAGCUCGAGAUAUGACAACCUGGACAUCGAUACGAUUCUAUCGAGUAAUAGACUGGUGAACAACUAUGUUGACUGCUUGCUCAGUAGAAAGCCUUGUCCCCCGGAAGGAAAGGAUUUGAAGAGAAUCCUUCCGGAAGCCCUUCGCACAAAAUGUGGACGAUGUUCCGCCACCCAGAAGGAGAAUGCCAUCAAAAUCAUUACCACACUGUACAACAACUAUCCAACUCAGUAUCAGGCUCUCCGGGAGCGUUGGGAUCCAUCGGGUGAAUAUCAUCGACGCCUGGAGGAGUACAUCCGGGGACUGCAGUUCAACCAAAUCGGUAGUAAUGGUGGAAAUGGCGUAAGCCCAUCCGACCGUCCGGUAAGAAAUGAUUUCGAUCGGGAUCAGUCCCAGAUACUGCUGCAGACACUGCUCCUGUCAACGACGACAGCAGCUCCGACGACACCGAGUCCGAAUGUGAUCCCCAGUGGACCUCAGCAACGACCCCAAUUGGCACAAUCACAGAUAACACAACCGGUAGCACCUGUUUCAAUUACAUCUACUACCACAUCCACAACCAGUACAACUAGUACUACAGUUACUCCUCCUUCUACUACAAUAUUUACUUCUACUAUUACUACUACAACUCCCACUACAACUUCAACAACUACUACUACUACCUUACCUAAUACCGUUGGUUCUGGUACCACUAGCAGUAGUAGAAGCAGCAGCGCUAGUAACGGGGGCUUCUCGGUGGAAUCUAGUACUGCGGCAGCAACGACUAGUACCACUGGGACAAUCGCUACUAGCUCGACGCAGCCGCCGACACUUGCGGAUUCCCCGGCCAUGGAUUCGCUGCCAACGGUGGGAACCGUUUCCAAUCGGUUUGGUGACGAUGGUGAGAAUGGUAACGGUGGCAACGUGCCGAAUGUCGCGAGACCCACGAUCCCGAACCCGACGACAGCGCGACCACAACCCGCACCGACCACGAAGCCCACGGUCAGACAGACCACCACCACUCGGACUGUAACCCAGCGAACCACCACUAGAUUUAUCGAAUCGGCUCCAGUACCAGUGGUUCCACUCCGUCCGGUCCAGGUCCCGGUACAGGUUCAGGUUCAAGUACUAGCACAGCGUCCCCAACCAUUGGCACCGCCCGCACAAGCACAGCCCCGACCACAAUUCCAACCUCAGCCGGUUCCGGUUGGCAUGACAACACCGAAUAAUAUUAUUGAUAACUUUUUUAUUCCACCCGGUCAGGGCGGAGUGCCGGCGAACCCCAAGGGUAGUGCCUUCGUAGGAUUGUUCAAUCAAAUUGGCACCAAAUUGGCCACCACGGCCGACGCAAUCGCCGGAAUGCUGCGGAAGACGGUGGACGUGAUUGUUACUUCGCAUCUGCAGGCUCACCAACGAGCGAUGAGAAGCUAUUGAGCAGGUAAAAUUGGAAAAUCCGUACCAUGCGUUUGCAGUUCUUGCCGUUUUAGGCAUUUUUUCCGGAGAUGCGAAUGGAAUUUCGUGUUGCUCUUCGGAUGGCGGAUGCUGUUAUUAACUUAUAUUCUGAUUAGGAUGUUAAGAAUAUAUACCAUAUUUGCUAGGGUUUUGAUUGCAAAGUAAACUCCUCGGCUGCGUUUCAAGAAGUUGGGGUUAGGCGUGUUAGAUAAAGGUACUGUGAAAAAAUUUGAACUUAAAUUUCGAACCAGAAAAUUAGGUCUCAGAAAGGUGAUUUUAGGAGAAAUUUAGGGAAACUUAUCAUCUAGGCAAGCGAACCCAACUAACUAGGUUCAAAGAAAGAGUGCGAUGAUUGAGAACGAGGGAAACAGCAUGUGUAAAUGGAGGUUGUAAUAUCAUUAUUUCAAUAAAUCUUAUCUUUACGAGUUGACAA